UAGUAUAUAAAAGUCUCCGGAAAAUUCAUACUCUGCUGCUUAUGGAUUAGGAUUGAAAAAAAAAUUUUUUUUUUCUUUUUUUUGUUUUCAAUAAAAGGUAUGAUAUAAUCCGUUAUGGCGAGUAAAUGUGCGGUGGCCUCCUGGGUUCAGUGACACGACUUUUUGGAGCAGUUGUACAUUAUCAUCGAGUAUAUAGCUAGUAUCAUCAACACAGCGGGGUAGAGCAACAAAGAAGGAUAGAGAGAGAAUGAAAGGGAGCUAGGGGAGAGACGGCGACGACGACGACGACGACGUAUAGAGCGUAGAGAGCACGCAGAUUACACAGGGCCAGGAGUAUAGGAGGAUCGAUCGCGCGCCGCACAUAUACGUACCUAUAUACGUACAAAAAAUACACACACCUCAAUUGCUCGGUCUUUCACUUGCGCGACUGUUACAUGUUGUAUUAUAUACACACGAGCGACAACCGCCGCCGACGACGACCGACAGUAGAGUGUGACGACGACGAGAGAGAUAAUAAUUAGAGAGAAAAAGUGGUGAGAGAGAAGUCUAGUGCGUGUGUGCGUGCUUGUGGACUUGUAUCUCUUUAACCUUGAGGAAGAGCCUGCUCUAGGCGCGCCGUGAGAAGGAAGAAAAAGCCAAGAGAGCGGGGAGGAAAAUGCAGCUAUAGCGAUGCUGGCGAGCAGCAGGCGUUCGUUCUGAACGAGCCUUUCUUUCCUUCCCUUCCUUUCAAUCAUCUCCAAGGAGUUGCGAGGAAACUUGGAGGACAGUGUCGAGCCCCAUUCAAGAGGCGCUCGGGGAGUAAACCGAGUCGUUAAACUGCUGCCUCCGCUGCAUCAGGAUGACCAGCCCUAUUACUCCGGGUACUGACCCUUGGGUCGUAACUAUGCCAGAACGGGUUCGCUACCAGCAGCAAUUUGAUGCUCUUCAGCCCAUAAAUGGGAUCAUUACUGGAGUGCAGGCAAAAGACUUUUUGUUAAAAUCUCAACUUCCGCCACCCGUGCUAGGGCAAAUAUGGGCACUGGCGGAUACAGAUUCAGAUGGAAAAAUGAACAUUAAUGAAUUCAGCAUAGCUUGCAAACUAAUAACUUUGAAAUUAAGGGGUUUUGAAGUACCAAGUGCAUUACCUCCUUCUCUACUAAGAAGUUUGCAGGCUUUAUCUUCAGGAGGGUCAAGCCCGAUAACUGCUGUGUCCCCAGUGCCACCAGUAUCUCCAAAUCCAACUGCUGCUAGUAUUCCACGACCCGUACCAGCUGCACAAACAGUUAUACCAAAAAUUGGACCUCCAGUCGUUCCCCCUAUGACAGUCCCACCUGCAUCGCAACAAAGUAGACAACCUGUAGCUGUCAAUACACGCCCAUCAAAGCCUCCCGCUCGACCGCCACCACCUACUCAUGUCUCUGGAGACUCCACUGCUAAGGUCGAAAGUGGUGCUAUUCCGCAAAGACCUACACCUACCGACAGUAUCGGAGCUGGAUUCGUACCGACGACUGGUCCACCUCCGAAGCCACAGCCACCAUCGUUUCCCAACAGCCCUGCAGGAUCAACUGUUGUAUCGCCUGUUAUGCCCGUCGUGGCCCCACCAGUUCAGAUGGUUCAGCCUAUGACAUCAUCAGUAUCGAAUAUGGAUUUAUUCGAUCUUUUAAUGUCGGAAGGUGUCCAGCCGGUUGCUCCAAUAGUACCAGUCGUACCCGUGGCACCUAUCGUACCAAUAAACACAGCGCCAGUACCGGCGCAAGCCUUUAGCAUGGGCCCGACUGUACCAGUGCAACCCAUGCCAACGGGAAUAAUACCCCCGUUGUCUGCCGUUGCUCCCACAAUGGCUCCGAUUGUACCAGUGGCUGCAGUUGGUGCCGCGAUGCCAGCAACGAUAACGCCACCAGCGACUCCAAUACCCCCGAACACGAUUGCCAUGAAUGGAGGGGUCAUUCAUACGCCAGUAUCAUCGAAUACACCAUUGAGCACAACAGCUAGACCACCGAGCAUAGAUAGAGUAGGGUCCAUAGAUUCUCAGCACAGUCUACAUUCCGUUGGCUCACCGCAGGCCGUUGAGUGGGCCGUACCGCACCAAACAAAACUUAAAUAUACUCAGCUUUUUAACACGUGGGACCGAGCGCGAACUGGUUUUUUAUCUGGCCCUCAGGCUAGAAACAUUAUGGUACAGUCUCAGUUACCGCAGGCUAUACUUGCACAAAUCUGGGCUCUGUCAGAUAUGGAUUCGGAUGGACGUCUCGGCUGCGAGGAAUUCGUUUUAGCGAUGCAUUUAUGCGACAUGUCGAAAAUGGGCGAAGUUAUUCCAACAAAAUUACCAAUAGAACUCAUUCCGCCCACUUUCAGGCGCCAACGACAGAGUUCUGUUUCCUCACAAGGGGUUCCUGACAAUGUUGACCCACUAGCCGGCAUGCCACAAUCUUCGUUUGAAGAUAAGAGGAAAGAAAACUUUGAUAAAGGUCAAGCGGAAUUGGAAAGACGUCGAAAAACGUUGUUGGAAAUUCAACGAAAAGAGCAAGAGGAGCGAGAACGAAAAGAAAGAGAAGAAGCUGAGAAACGAGAAAAGUUGAGAUUAGAGCAAGAAAGACGUCGACAAGCAGAACUAGAACAACAAAUGUUGAGGCAAAAGGAAAUGGAAGAAGAAAAGGAAAACGAACGUAAACGAGCUCAAGAACAAAGAGAAGCAGCAAGAAAAGAGAUGGAAAGACAACGUCAAUUAGAAUGGGAAAAACAAAAGUCACAAGAGUUGCAAACUCAACGGCAAAAGGAACAAGAUAUCCUUUUGAAACUGAAAGCAAAAAAUCAGACGUUAACUAUCGAGCUUGGCUCACUGAACGACAGAGUCAAAGAAUUAUCUCAAAAAAUUUGUGACACGCGUGUUGGUGUAUCUACGGUAAAAACUACGAUCGAUGGUAUGAGAACGACCCGAGAUCAACAGCUUCAGGAGAUGUCAGCAUUAAAAAAUAAGUUACGCGAGCAAAAUCAAAGACUGUUAGCUGUUAGCCAAGAAAAAGCAAGGCUUGAAGCUAAAAGCAAAUCGCAAGACCAAGAAGCUCAGAAGCUUAAACAAAUUGCAAUAAAACAAUUGAAAGAUAAAAUAACGGAUCUCGAACAAGAAAUCAAGGAUAAAGAAAAGGAAAUGGAAAAUAGCAAUAACCAAUUAGAGGAAAUACAAAAGGAUCAGCAAACUUUGCUGGAAAAUUGUAUGGAUCUUAAUAAAAAAUUCGAGGAGAAGAAAGCAAUUGUUCUGGAGAUGCGUCAGAAAACGAAUCCAGCUUCAUUCACAACCUCAACGUGGGGAGAAGAUGCCUGGGGUGACACUGCUGGUGACGUGGACAUCGACGCAUGGCCAUCGGACGACACGGCAGUAUCUCAAGCAGAAAAAGCUGAUGUCAGCGGAACGAGGAAAUACAGAGCUCUUUACGAAUUUGUUGCUAGAAAUCAAGAUGAGAUUUCUUUCCAACCUGGAGAUGUUAUUAACGUACAGUCGGUGCAAAAUGCAGAACCCGGCUGGUUAGCAGGUGAGAUUCGAGGCCAUACGGGUUGGUUUCCGGAAUCAUAUGUUGAACCUCUUGAAGUCGUGGCCAGUACUGCCGUUGUUGGCGAUGCCUUUGCACAUCAGGAUAGCAUAGAAAAACGAACGUUAGAAGAAAUUGUGGAAGUUCCUGAAAACUUGUCUGAUGCAGGCUCUGCGGUAGGUGAGGGUCCGUACAUCGAACCCAUCACUCCUAAAUUAGGAGAAGGUCUAUUGUGUAACAUUUCAGCCAUCACUCUGUAUCAGUAUCGACCUACGCUUGAUCAACAUUUGUCCUUUGGUAAAGGAGAGACAGUUACGAUUAAAGAAGAACAGGAUGUUUGGUGUUAUGGUGAAUCGAGCCUUGGUAGAGUGGGCUGGUUUCCAAAGUCUUACGUUAAAUAUAAAGUUGCAAACGGUCAAGACACAACGAAAGCUCUCGGCGGUGGCCUUAACGAAUAUUACAUGGCACUUUAUCCAUACGCUUCUAACGAAGCUGGUGAUCUCAAUUUCAAUCAAGGUGACGUCAUUUUGGUUACGAAAAAAGACGGGGACUGGUGGACGGGUGUGGUUGGCGACAGGACAGGAAUUUUUCCUUCAAAUUACGUUGAGAAGUACGAUAUGCCGGAUCAGACCACCGCAGCUCCAGCGACACCUGAACCAGAAGAAAUAAUUAAACCUGUAGAGGCUGUAAUACAAGCGCAAGAGAAACCACAGGAGAAAACUGCCGAGCAGCUCGAGGAGGAACGAGCCGAAGCCGAGGACAGAGCCGAGCUGCCAGACUUUGCAGCCAUGUCUGCGCAGCAGUAUAAUACAAAGAGAGGAAGAAAGCCUGAAAUCGUGCAAGUUAUUGCAACGUACAAAGGCACGAGUCCUGAACAAUUAGAUCUACAAAAAGGUCAAUUGAUAGCAGUGCGCAAAAAAACCGAGUCUGGAUGGUGGGAAGGUGAAUUACAGGCUCGAGGAAAGAAGAAACAAAUCGGCUGGUUCCCAGCGUCGUAUGUAAAACUUCUGAUCAGCACUAGUAACCGCAGUACACCAGUUUCUCAUAGAUACCAAGAUUCUCCAACGAUGGAUCCGUUUGCCGAAAAAGUCAUGGCACUGUAUCCUUACAAAGCACAAAACGAGGAUGAGCUCAACUUCGAAAAGGGAGACGUAAUUGUCGUUCUGUCCAAGGACGAGGAGUCGUGGUGGCGAGGCGAAUUAAACGGUCUUUCCGGAGUAUUUCCCAGCAACUACGUUUCACCAAUGUUCAACGACUUUCUGAGAACUGAUCCGAUGGCCCAGCUCGAUCACACGGAGCGCAAACGCCAGGAACACAUCAAGGAGCUCAUCCGCACGGAAGAGGCCUACAUCGUCGAUAUGCAACUGGUCCACGAGGUUUUCGAAAAACCGCUCUUAGCCAGCAUGGUUUUGACCGUCCACGAGGUCGACAAGAUAUUCAUCAACUGGCGAGACAUCAUUGCUUGUAACGACAGUUUUUUAAGGACCUUGAGAAUAAGGCGCGACAAUAGCGAAGGAGGGAUCAUCCGAAUGAUCGGUGAUAUCCUCUGUGAAAACAUUCCACGUAUGUCUGCUUACAUAAGAUUCUGUAGUUGUCAAAUAUCGGCGGCCAAGUACCUUCAACGGCUCACCGAAACGAAUCAAGCUUUCGUCGAGGUAUCCCAGAGAUGCCAACAGGACGUUCGAACCAAAGGAAUGCCACUGAGCUCGUUUUUGAUAAAACCGAUGCAGCGAAUCACCAAAUAUCCAUUGCUCAUUGGAAAGAUACUAGAGUACACUCGUGCCGAGCAUCCUGACCGGCAGUAUUUGCAAGAAGCUCUGGCCAAAGCCGAGGAAUUUUGCACGCAGGUGAACGAAGGUGUGCGGGAGAAAGAAAACAGCGACAGACUCGAAUGGCUUCAGACACACGUGGCUUGUGACGGCCUCGAGGAGCAAUUGGUCUUCAAUUCGCUCACGAAUUCUCUCGGUCCUCGCAAGCUCCUGCACUACGGGAUUUUACACAAGUCCAAGAGCGGAAAGGAACUCGUCUGUUUCCUUACAAACGACUUUUUGUUGUUCGCGCAACCACUGAAAUCAAUACCGAGUAAUCAGCAGUUUUCCUUCGAGAGAAACGAAAAUCAAAAGUUCAAGCUGUACAGAAGGCCUAUCUUCUUACAAGAUCUGAUUCUCUUCAACGAGCUAAAGACGAACGGGAUCGGCAACUCCCUGACUAACGGCGGUGGCGAUCACACGCCAUCCGAACACUCGAGGACAUUGCGGCUAAGUGACUCCAAAAAGGACAUCAAUCUAGUGACCCCGUCAACUAGCGAGUGCUCGUUGUGGGUACGCCGGAUAAUGGAGGCUCGAAGACAAUUCGCUGAAAACGAAAAGAGCCGACUGCAGCGUCAACGCUCGAAGCAGGCGCAGUUCAAAGCAUGCGGACGAAUUCUCGUGACUGUGGUAGAAGGAUCCAGCUUAAAAAAUACGACCGUUCGACACAGGCCUACAAAGGGCCUUAUUUGGAUAGUAGUUAAGGAGGCAGAAGAUCUUGUCAGUAAAAACAAAGGAAAAUGCAACGCAUAUUGCAAGGUUUCCAUGGGAUCACAAGAGGAGCAGACGAUCGUUGUCUCGGGUUCAGAUUGUCCAAUAUGGGACACUUCUAUGCAGUUCCAAGUUAAGGAUUUGCAUGAAGACACGCUGUGCAUUACGAUUUUCGAUAAAGGAUAUUUUAGUCCUGAUGAAUUUCUCGGCCGAGCAGAGGUUCGAGUCGUAGACAUUGUCAGAGACAGCAGUGACACGUUUGGUCCAAUAACGAAACGAAUAAAACUGCGUGAAGUUGACCGAGGGCACGUACUCUUAAAGUUAGAUUUACGUUUGUUUGGCAGCAGAUAGUGCUUACAAAAAUUUUUCGAAAUAAUUACCCAUAAUACAGAAAACGGCAUAACUAAAUCUGAUUAAUCAGUCUUAUACCCAUAUCAUUAGUAUAAAAAAGUAUUGAGCUCUUUACUUGAGAGCUUAAAAAUAAAAAAUACAUUUCCAUUAGAUUACAAUUCUUUAAAUGUAAAUGUGUUAAUGAAAAAUCAAGUCUGAUUCAAAAUAUGCGUAUAUAGUUGAUAGUUUUGUAUACACCAUGUUGUAAUAUUUGAACGAAAAUUGGGAAACAUUUUCCUGUUUAAUUAUUUUACUGUAUUGUUUUUAAGUUUAUUAUGAAUUUAUAAUUAUUGUUAAUUUGCUAUUGCAAAUACUCUCAUUCACGAUACCGAGAUUAAAUUAUUAAAUAAAAUAUU